AUGAAGAACUUUCAUAUCCUAAUAUCACUCAUUUUUCCUACCUUGUUUCUCUUCUCAUGCUCUGCAUCUAUUGUGCUAUCUUUUUCCCCUCCUCAUACUGAUCUCCAAAACCGGUGCCUUAAUGACCAAAAAUCUGCUCUGUUGCAAUUGCACCAUGAUCUGUACUAUGCCCCAAAUUUUACUUUCUCUUCCAAAGUUGAGCUUUGGGAUCCCAACACUGAUUGUUGCUCUUGGAAAGGAAUUACAUGUGAUGCUCUAGGUCAUGUGAUUGGGCUUGACCUCAGUUACAAAAAUCUUUCGGGCAACUUUCACUCCAUUUUCAAUCUUCAUCAUCUUCAAUGCCUUAAUCUUGCUGGAAACAAUUUUAAUACUACUCUGUUUCAGUAUGAGUUUGAUAGAUUCCCAAAUUUAACUCAUCUCAACCUUUCAAACUCAUGUUUCCUUGGUCAAAUUCCAGUGGGCAUUUCAUACUUAACCAGGUUAGUCUCUCUUGAUCUAUCUAAUCAAGAUUCUUGCUAUCAACGGUAUAACCAAGUUCUCGGUCCAUUCUACUUGUUCUACCUCUAUCCACAGCCUUUUGACCUUCAACAACCUCUUAAACUAGAAAACCCAAACUUUAAGACAUUAAUCCAAAAUUUAAGACCUCUUACAGAGCUCUACUUGGAUAGUGUGAACAUUUCAGCUCAAAGUACUAAAUGGUGUGAAACCACCUCUGUAGUACUUCCUAACCUGCAUGUGUUAAGUUUGUCGAAUUGUGGUUUGACAGGUCCAUUUUGCUCUUCACUCUCAAGACUUCCUUUUCUUUCCAAACUUUUCCUUGGUGGGAAUUCGAUCUCUUAUUUGCCUCUCAAUUUCUUUGAAAUUUCCUCUCGUUUGGUUUCUCUCAAUUUAGUGAAUUGCAAUUUGAGUGGGCAUUUUCCAACAGAGGUUUUCUUAUUGCCAAUAAUACAAAGCAUUGACAUUUCAGAAAAUGACAAUCUUGAAGGUCAGUUGCCAGAAUUUCCAUUAAAUAAUGCUUUACGAAUCUUAAAGAUUUUUUCUACAAAUUUCAGUGGAAAAUUGCCAGAAACAAUUGGUAAUCUCAAGUUCUUGACAACUUUAGAUCUCCGUUUUUGCAAUUUCUUUGAACAAAUUCCAUCAUCAACUGCCAAUCUUACUAACAUUGUGGAGCUGAAAUUAGGAUAUAAUAAUUUCAGUGGUUUAACCCCUCCAUUUCAUAGAUUAGGAGUUCCAAAUCUUUCAUGUCUUGAUUUGACAGAGAACCACCUCUCUGGCUCAAUUCCUUCUUCUUUAUUUACUCUCCCAUCAUUGCAUACCCUGUUUCUUUGGAGAAAUCAAUUGAUUGGUGAAAUUGGUGAGUUCCCGAAUGCAUCUUCUUCAUUGAUUGAAGCAUUGUAUUUAGGCUACAAUAGCUUUAGCUCCGUGAAGCUUGACAUGUUCUUCCAACUCAAGAACUUAAGGUUUCUUGACCUUUCCAAAACGAGCUUGUCAAUUGAAAGCAACAUCACAAGCCUUGCUUUUCCCCAAUUAGAGGAGCUAUACCUAAAUUCAUGUAACCUUACUGAAUUUCCAGAAUUCAUCAAAACUCAAGAUAAGUUGGCUUUUCUAGGUCUUUCUAACAACCAAAUCCAUGGUUUUCGGGCCAAUCCCAAGUUGCUUGGGCAACAUCAGUUCUCUCGACACUUGGAUCUACAAAAAAAUAAUUUCAAUGGCAGCAUACCAGAUUUUGCAAAAGCGACCCAAUUAUAUUGGCUUCAACUCAAUGAUAAUAAAUUGGAAGGGAAGUUGCCAAGGUCAUUAGCCAAUUGCACAAUGCUCCAAGUUUUAAACCUUGGAAACAAUACUCUGCAUGACACAUUCCCUUUGUGGUUGAGAAAAUUGCCGGCGUUGAUGGUCCUUGUAUUGCGAGCAAAUAGGUUUUAUGGUCCAAUUAAACAUGUGAAAAAUUGUUUUCAAGACUUGGAUGUACUUGACAUUGCUUUCAAUAAUUUUUCUGGUCAAUUACCAAUUGAAUUCUUUCAAGCCCCUCAACUAAGGUCACUCAAAAUUGGUGGGAAUAAACUGAAAGGAAAGUUGCCGAGGUCAUUAGCCCAUUGCAAAAAGCUUGAAGUUUUGGACGUUGGAAAAAAUAUGAUACAAGACACAUUUCCUUUUUGGUUGGUGAAAUUGCCUUCUUUAAAGGUUCUUGUACUAAGAGCAAAUAGAUUUUAUGGUCCGAUUAAAAUUUCUGAGGAUGAAAAUGCUUUCCUAGAGUUACACAUACUGGACCUCGCUUCCAAUAACUUUUCAGGUGAGUUACCUGUUGGAUUUUUUCAAUCUUUGAAGGCAAUGAAGAUGAUGAUUGAUGGCAAAAAAAGUAAGCCAGAUUACAUUGGAGAUGAUUACUACCAGGACUCUGUGACAAUUGUGAAUAAAGGGUUUGAACUUUUUUACCAGAAAAUUUUAACCAUCUUUGCUUGUCUUGACUUUUCCAAUAAUAGUUUCCAUGGGAAAAUACCAGAAGAAAUACAAAACCUCAAGUCACUCAAAGUGCUAAACUUGUCCUACAACAGCUUCCUUGGACCAAUUCCUUUAGCACUUGGAAACUUAACUCAACUUGAGUCUUUGGACCUCUCCCAGAACAAACUCUCCGGAAAGAUUCCUCUACAGCUUACAAGCCUAACAUUUCUUGCAGGAACCCAAGAUUGUGUGGGCCUCCUUUGA